AUGUUUCACUCCGCAACUUUAACCGUUUUACUCCUAAGCGGUGUUCUCUUGCAGAUAUCAUGGGUCGCUUCAAUUUCAAUGCCGAGUUCCAAUUGCUACGCUUUCAAUAAUUCAAGUCGUAUUGUUGAUUUCAGUAGCUGGACUGGUUACCCUUUUGAGUAUGAUGAGAAGCAAGGUACUGAUGUGGUUGUAAGAUUCUGCAAAGAUGUGGAGACUAGAUCGCAAACGGGAUAUGUUGAUUUUGGCCGAUUUGAUAGGUUCAACUACUUUGUUGCUGGUUCUGGCCAAUUUGAUUUUGUACAAGAGUUUUAUAAUGGUGACCUAAUGAGUUGUGAACAAAGUUAUGACAAAAUGGGACGAACAGCUCAGGUAAAUGUCAUAUGUGGGAGCUGUCCUAAUGGACAAUGUAAAGGUCGUCCUGGAUGCAUAUGUCACGUCGUACAUGAAUCGAACUGCAGAGUUUUAAUUGAACUUGCAAUUUCGUGUGAUAAACCGGGCCCCCAGAUAUUCCAAGGUUUCACUGUUGGUUUUCAUCCACGAUCAUGGGAACUUGUUUAUAAUGGCAUGACUCAAUUCGGUUUUGAGAAACCCCGUCAUGAUUUUAGCUUUCAGACAUCACAAACUCAAGUAGUCCUAUUUACGAGUGCAAUUGCUUCACUCUCAUCCUUGGUUCGUAAACCUAUUUUGAAGGUUCUUCCAAAUGAUGGCUUGAGAGUUGAAUUGUCUGGAUCCGCUGCUAGUGGGAAGCCUCCGACAACUUUGUCACCCACAAUGUUGAUCGUUGAUUGGAGAUGUGAGGUAGCUCGUGACACCCCAUAUGAAGUUAACAUCACAAUCCCGAUUGAAGGAUAUGAGCCAAUUGAAUUUGUGCUUACAAAAAUGUGCGACUACACACAACGUCAAGGAGGUGGUGCCACAAGAGGAUGGGCAAUAUUUGGAGUGAUAUCUUGCAUAUUCUUUGUCUCAUCAACACUUUUUUGCUGUGGAGGAUUCAUUUACAAGACAAAAGUAGAGCGCCAGCGUGGAAUUGAUGCAUUGCCUGGCAUGACAUACCUAUCUGCCUGCUUAGAGGCAGUUGGUGGGGCUGGGCAAGGUUACUCACGGCCAGAAGACGCGUAUGCCUCUGGCGAAACCUCUUGGGAGCGCCCUCCUGGUCCUUCACAACCUCAAGCUUCAUGGAGACCAACAGAGAGAAAAUAUGGCGCCAUUUGA